UGUGAACUCUGUCACCAAUUCUGUGGGCUGUGUAUGUGGAGUUCUGUGUGCUGUGUAUGUGGAGUUCUGGCAUGAGGCACUGUCAUGGUCCUUGGGACUACUCUUCUUGGACUUGUGUGUUUAAUGGAACAGGGGGUCUGGGAACAACAUGGGCCACCACCCAAGACUUCCAUCUGGGCCGUUCCAGGAUCUGUGAUUUCCAUAGGCAGUGAUGUGACGGUCUUCUGCAGGACCCCUCCAGGAGUGACGCAUGUGCGUCUAACCCAUUAUGUACUCAAUGGAAAGUGGUUUGAUCGUGCCCCACAGGGAGUUCAGGAGGUGUUUGAAUUCAGCCUGCAGAAUAUGACACACACCAGUGCAGGGACUUACCACUGUGACUACACCAAGGAAGGUGAAUGGUCACAAAACAGUGACCAUCUGGAGCUGGUGGUGACAGGUGUUUAUAAGAUCAAACCAUCCCUUACUAUUGAUUCAAGACCAAAGGGAUCCUCAGAAAGAAAAAUGACUCUUCUCUGUCACACGCAUCAUUCCUUUGACAUCUUCAUCCUCUGCAGAGGUGGAAAUGCUUCCUUGCCCAGAAACUGCUCACAUCAGGACCAUAACACAUUUCUUAUCUCCCCUGUGAGCCCAGGUCACAAGAGGAUGUACAUAUGCUUUGGCUCUUACAAACGCAAUUCCUACUUGUGGUCACUGCCUAGUGAUCCCCUUGUGCUGUCAACCACAGAGUCUUCUACUUCAGAUUACAGAUUAGAGAAUUGCAUUCGACUUUUCAUGGCUGUCAUCCUCCUGUUAGGACUUGGGGCUUUAUUGUUGGAUGCUUGGAAGAGCAGAAAAGAGCCCAUGGGGCCUUUAGAGAGUCCUAAACUAAAAGCCUAGCUUCCCCUUUCCACACCUCAACAAAAUACUGGCAAUAAAGGG